GUACUUCAUAGAGGCAAACAUGGCUGCUUCUCAGAUAUUUAAGAUGAUCUAUCGAGUCCCAGAGAUUGAUCCCGCAGAUGAACGGGGGAAAACCAUGUCAGAUGUUAAAGGUGAAGUGGAAUUUCGAGACAUAGACUUCGAGUAUCCUUCUAGACCAGGGAGCUUGGUACUGAGCAAGUUUAAUCUUAAAGUCAUGGCUAGUCAGACUGUUGGUUUGGUAGGCAAAAGUGGGUCAGGCAAAUCAACAGUCGUAAAUUUGCUGGAGAGGUUUUAUGAACCACUUAGGGGAGAUAUUCUCCUAGAUGGUAUUGACAUAAAGAGCCUUCAGCUGAAAUGGCUGCGAAGUCAAAUCGGGCUUGUAAGCCAGGAGCCUGUACUUUUUGCAACCUCAAUCACAGAAAACAUUCUUUUCGGAAAAGAGGAGGCUUCCAUGGAAGAGGUCAUCGGAGCAGCCAAAGCUGCUAAUGCACACAACUUCAUCCAUAAACUACCUGAAGGAUAUAACACUAUGGUGGGGCAAUUGGGAGCUCAUAUGUCUGAAGGGCAGAAACAAAGGAUUUCCAUUGCAAGAGCACUAUUAAGGGACCCAAGAAUUCUUCUUCUUGAUGAAGCAACGAGUGCACUGGAUUCGCAUUCUGAAAACGCUGUCCAGAAUUCUUUAAACCAGGCCUCCGCAGGACGAUCUACUAUUAUCAUUUCACACCGCCAGUCUACUCUCCGAAACGCUGAUGUAAUUGCUGUUAUUCAAUCUGGACAGGUGGUCGAGUUUGGCUCUCAUGACCAACUUAUGGAAAACCGAAGUGGUGCUUAUGCAGUAAUGGUGCAGCUACAGAGAACAUACAUGGCCGACAGUGUUAUAUCAGAAGAUACUCAGGAGUAUGGCAGCUCCGUUGCUUUGGACAAUGGAAUGAAUGGGGCAGAGGAAACAGUGGACACAUCACUGUCUCGAAGUUUCAGUCGCUGUAUGAAAACAAAUCAGCAGAAAGAGGAUAAUUACAGUCCCCCAUCUUUAUGGCAACUUAUAAGCAUGGCAGCACCGGAAUGGAAGUCAUCUCUAAUAGGUUGCAUUGCAGCUGUAGGCUACGGAUUAAUUCAACCUCUGCACUCAUUCUGUAUGGCAGCACUUUUAUCAGUAUACUUUACAAAUGAUCAUAGCGAGAUAAGGUCUCAAACAAGAAUCUAUUGCUUUGCGUUUUUAGCCUUUGCAGUCUUUACUAUCCUGACAAAUGUGAUUCAGCAUUACUAUUUUGGGAUAACGGGAGAGAGCUUGACGAAAAGACUUAGGGAGGAAAUUUUUCAUAAAAUCUUAACGUUUGAGAUUGAGUGGUUCGAUCAAGAAAACAACAGCACCGGUGCUGUAUGUUCGAGAUUGGCCACGGAUGCAGCCACAGUGAGAAAUCUUGUUGUUGAUCGCUUGUCAUUUCUGACUCAGGCGACAUCAGCAGCAACUUUGGCUGUUGUUUUAGGUUUAGUGUUGUCGUGGCGGCUUGCACUAGUAGCCAUUGCUCUACAGCCCUGUAUCAUUGCUGCCUUCUAUCUAAGAGUGAUGACAAUGCGAACAAUGUCUAAGAAAAUACUUAAAGCACAGAACAGGAGCAGUAACUUAGCUAGCGAGGCAGUUGGGAACCACAGAACUAUUUCAGCAUUCUGCUCCCAAGAGAAGGUCUUGAAACUAUAUGAGCUUACACAGGUAAGCUCCAAGAAAGAAAGCCGCAAGCAAUCUUGGUACGCAGGACUUGGAUUGUUCAUCUCCCAGUUCCUUACAAGUGCUCUCACAGCUCUGAUUUUCUGGUAUGGUGGGAGGCUGUUAUUCAAUCAAAAGAUCACAGCCAAGCACCUCUUUCAAACAUUUUUCAUUCUGGUAUCAACAGGCAGAAUUAUAGCUGAGGGUGCAAGUAUGACAGCAGACCUAUCAAAAGGCACCAGCGCGUUGAAGUCGGUUUUUAAGAUUCUGCAAAGAGAUACUAAAAUGGAACCAGAAAACUCAGAUGCUAUUAAGCCAGAGAAUUUCAAUGGAGACAUAGAGUUCAAACAGGUGUAUUUCUCCUACCUGGAAAGACCGGAACAGAUCAUCUUGAGGGGUUUAAGCCUAAAAAUUGAAGCUCAAAAGGUUGUUGGACUGGUUGGAAGAAGUGGAUCUGGAAAAUCCACCAUCAUCAGAUUAAUUGAGAGAUUUUAUGACACAGCGAGUGGUUCAGUUGAAAUUGAUGGAGUUGACAUCAAAUGCUAUAACUUGAGGGCUUUGAGGUCAAAUAUAGCAUUAGUAAGUCAGGAACCAACUCUUUUCUCAGGAAAAAUCCGAGACAACAUUGCAUAUGCAAGAGAGAAUGCAACUGAAGCUGAGAUAAUUGAAGCAGCAACCACUGCAAAUGCUCAUGACUUUAUAAGCUCCUUGAAGGAUGGAUACGAGACCCACUGCGGAGAAAGAGGUGUGCAACUAUCGGGAGGGCAAAAGCAAAGGAUCGCACUCGCUCGAGCCUUGCUGAAAAAUCCUGCAAUAUUGCUUUUGGAUGAGGCAACAAGUGCACUGGACGUCAAUUCAGAGAAACUUGUUCGAGAGGCACUAGAGAGGACCAUGUUUGGAAGGACAUGUCUAGUUGUGGCUCAUCGACUAUCUACCAUUCAGAAGGCAGACAAAAUAGUAGUGAUUGACAAAGGGAGGAUCGUCGAAGAGGGGAAUCACAGCAGCCUGCUUUCUGAAGGAACAAAGGGUGCAUAUUACUCACUAGUAAAACUCCAACAACUUUCGGAGCUACCAACGUUUGAAGAACAGCCUUAAAAUUCUGGAACUGUCUGCUAGCAGUGGAUCACAGUAAAAGGCAUAACUGGGACAUCUUAAACAGCCUUUUUAAUUUUUAUGCAGAUGGUUAAGCACUUUUGAUUUGUGAACGUUUUUCUGCUGUUAUCAUUUUGUGUCUUGGUUACAGAAGUAAAAUGGGGAAAAGAAUUUAGCCUGGCAGGAAUGGUUGUCUUUGACUUUGACUUGUGACUCAUCUCCUAGACCAGUAUAGCCUCCAUAAGGUAAAGCCUAGCAAGGCUGCUACUGCGGAGUUCCAAAUACACGGGCCUCUUGCCUAUGCUUGGAGAAAUUUAUAAGGCAAUGUCAAGUCUUGAAUUCUUUCAGACAAAGCUACUACCCUAAAUUCUCAAUGUCUGUCAUUUUUAACUCUUAUCAUGGUUUUCACAUUGAACCUCAGGGGACGCUCAAGCGGGUUUUUCGAA